CCAUAUUCCUCACGCCUCUAUUCUUUCUCUCUCACUGCCCCCACACAUGUCCUUAACUCACUUCCCUUUUAACCUACCAGAGACACUCUGGUGGACACAGCAACAACACCCAUACCCUAUUAUGGACUCCUCCCCCAAACCCCCCGUCUCUUCCACCGACCACCACCAUCAACCACCGGCCUCCACCUUCAAUUUCGACAUUAACAACCAAUACUACCACCAACAAGAAUCCGACGAACAAGAUUCCACCGACCACCUUUCUAAAGAACCCAUGUUCGAGAAGCCAUUAACUCCCAGCGACGUCGGAAAACUCAACCGCCUCGUCAUUCCCAAACAAUACGCCGAGAAAUACUUCCCACUCGGCGGCACUGACUCUACCUCCGCCUCCGCCGCCGCAGUAGACCAGCAGAAAGGCUUGUUGCUGAGUUUCGAGGAUGAGACCGGAAAGCCGUGGCGUUUCCGCUACUCCUAUUGGAACAGUAGUCAAAGCUACGUGUUGACAAAAGGGUGGAGUCGUUUCGUGAAAGAAAAACGUUUGGAUGCGGGUGAUGUUGUUUUAUUUGAGCGCCAUAGAUUCGACUGUGACAGGCUGUUUAUCGGGUGGAGAAGAAGGCCGGUGCAAGAUAGUAUAGCGGUGGCUCCGCCUGCAGCCGGCGGUGGUGGUCCUCAGAUUAAUGGGUGGACCACCGGAGUUCUCUAUGAUGGGCAGUAUAAUUAUCCUUCCCACCACCUAACUCCAUCUCUUCCUCAUCCAUACCAACCUGACUGUCUUCAUGCAGGAGGUAUAAAUUAUAAUGUAGAAAAUAACCAAAGAGAUAUGGUGAGUAGUGGGAACCCAAGGAGGGUAAGACUGUUUGGUGUGAACCUUGAAUGCCCAGAUGAAUCUGAGCCAUCCACUCCAGAUGGAUCGAGCCAUGGUGGUCAACCCCACUACCAAUAUUACGCCAAUUCCAACGAUCUCAAUCACAAUAUGAACAUCAAUUUCAGCCAGAUGAGGCUAUGGGUAGUCGUACCAAGGGGUGCCGAGGCCACCUCACCUCCACCUCAUUUUCUCCCUCUGCCGAAUAGAGAGACUCAGAGAGCUGCCACCGAAGAGAGAGGAAACUCCUCCACCUCAGCCACCUCCCCUUCCACCUCAACCACCUCUCUCUUCCACCUCAUCUUUGACGAGGCUCCAUCAUCCCCACUCCGUGCAGCCUUAUGA